AUGGUAUUCUUGGAUAUCUGCGAUUCGCUUCCGACUGUACCUGGACGUGCUCUGAUGACCACCCACACAAACUACCUCCCCGAUGAGAUUUUACUCGAGGUGCUGGCCUACAUCGAGGCGUGGGAUACUCGCGGGAAGCAAGCCACGCUCGCGCGCUUCUGCGCCGUGAACCGGCAAUGGUACGAUGUCGCAAUACGACCCCUCUACGCAUCGCCCUUCCUCGCUGGCCGCGCCUAUGACCUCUUCGUGCGCACCAUCUGCCCCUCGGUCCUCGCGCACAUCAAACCCACGUCCCUCUCCAGCCUGAUCCGCGUACUUGACCUCUCGCACAUCAUCCACCAAGGCACAAAGUCGACGACUGCCCGCCUGCUCGGCCGCACCAAAGCCGGACUACAGAUCUUCAUCGCCCCACAGGCGAGCUUUGCGGUCAACUGCUGGGCGAGCUUGUCGAAAUGUGAGAGGCUGAAGGUGCUGGACCUGAGCCUCGUGAGCGAGUGCAUAAGCUUCCAAUCGCUUGCGCAAACGCUGCGACGGCUGGGCCAACUCGAAGCCAUCUACCUGCCGCGCUGCACAAGCAACUACGAGGGCCUGGCGCUGAGCAUGAACGUACGGUGGCCGCCGAAACUCAAGCACCUCUCCCUCUCGGGGUCCAUCUACGGCAGAUUCCUCUGGGACCUGCUGCGCCAACCCGACCACUUCCCACCGAGUCUGCACAGCCUCUCGAUCCUGCACUCGCCGGGACUAGACCACCUCGGCAUCCGGCCGCUACUGCAGAACCUCGAGCACAGCCUGACGACCGUCGAGCUCCGCGACCUGCCCAACGUCAAGCACGGCCGCCUCAACUCGGUCCUGGAGUGGCUCCCGCACCUCACCACCCUCACCAUCGCCCUCGACUACAUCGACUGCCGCUUCGGCCACAUGCCCCUGGACUGGACGCCCGCGCAGUGGGAAUCCUCGGUCCCGCUGCAAAGCCUAACCCUCGUGACCAGCGGCCAAACCUCCAUCGACCCCAGCCGCUGCUUCACCGCCGUAGACCUGUACACGCUCAUCGACGAGCGCUAUCUCGGGCGUCUGCGCUACCUGAACAUUGCCCAGAGCACCGAGUGGGAGAACGAGCAGGAAGGCGCCGAGAUUGGCGCCCUGGAGAUGCUGCUGUGCGAGGACCUGGACCGCGAGAACUGGGAGAAGCGCCGCUGGCACUACGCUGAUUUGGAUGGCAAUGCAAAUGCAAAUGCAAAUGCAGUCACGCGGUAUGAGGACUGGCUUCGCACGGCGCAGGGGAGGCGGAUGGCGCCUCGGCUGAGGAUGUUGAAGGAUAGGUGA